AUGGAGUCGCCCAAGUCUGACACCCGCCCCAUCUUCUCAAGGCGGUCAACUGGCUCCAACAAGUCGCUGUCUCUCGACCUCUCCUCCCUGCCGCCUCUGGUCCAGCCGACGCCGCCCACCAACACUCUGCUCUUCACAAACCUCAACGACACUUCCAUCUUCCGCCCCGACAACCUCCAGACCAUCCGCGACCUCGUCCUCAAGACGGCACCCAUCCACUCGUGGGCACCCCUCAAGUCUUUCCGCCGCAUCCUCGUCUCCUUCUUCUCCGAGGACGAUGCCAUCGCUGUGCGCCGCGUUUGGGACGGUGAAGCCGUCAUGGGCGAGCGCGUCCGCGUCUACUUUGGCCAGCCUACGCCCGUCGAGGUCACCGACCGCCACCUUGCCCUCCCCGACGCCGGCAAGCUCUUCUUCAUCUCGCCCCCUCCCUCGCCCCCCCACGGCUGGGAGAUGAAGCUGGAGGACGCUCCCAACAAGAUGGUUCACGCCGAUGACCUCGCCGAGGCCCUUGCCAAGCUCCACCACCGCCCGACGGGCAUGCAGACCCCCGUCAGCCCCGUCGAUGGCUCCCGGCAAACCCGUAGCAGGAGCUCCACCCUGCUCUACCAGCCCGACGCCAACGGUACCAGCCCCGACCUCCCGGCCAUCUGCCUCGAGGACAUGACCGACGAGCCCAUGGAGUUCAGCCCCAUCGACAACCAAAAGACCAUCAUGGCGCACACCUCUCGCCCGCCGGUUGAGCUGAUGCACGACGCAUAA